UCCGGCACGGUCACUCGAACGCACCUUCGCCCGAUCUGUUGUCUUUUUUUGAGGGGGGGGGAACUUUCGCUUCCUGUUGCUGUUUCCGCACAGACAGUUUCAUAGCUGGGAGUCAGUGUGUGUGUGUGUGUGUGUGUGUGUGUGUGUGUGCAGCCGGCGGUGUGUGACUGGUUUCUCCCACUGAAACACUUCUUCUGUGAGAGGCGCUUCUUCUCUCCGCACAGACAGUUCAAGUUCCUCCUGCAGCUGAACACUGUGGCCGCCAUCAUGUCGCUGCCGCAGCAGCUACGGGACGAGAGCGACUUUGAUCAGCUGCCUCACAACAUCGCUGUCAGCGCCACCAUCGCCGACAUCGAGGAGAAGAAAGGCUUCAUCGACUACUUUAGGUUUGUGAUUGAGGUGAGGACUAAAGGAGGGAGCAAGUAUCUCAUCUACAGGAGGUACAGAGAAUUCUUCAACCUCCACCAGAUCCUCGAGUCCAAGUACUCUCCUGAGAACCCGGAGAAACCCGGUCCCAACACCUGCGUCCUGCCUACUCUUCCAGGAAAAGUCUUCAUGGGCAACAAGAGGGAGAUUGCAGAGAGCAGGAUCCCCGACCUGAACACGUACAUGAAGAGGUUGCUCGGCCUGCCAACGUGGUUUCUGGUCGACGAGGCUCUCAGGAUGUUUUUCUACCAGACUGACCAGGACAGCCAGCAUCAACCACGAGCCCUCAGGCGCCUCCGCCCACCUACCCGCAAAGUGAAAACAGUCAAACCAAAGAUGGACCUCUUCUCCUCCCCCAGGGCAGAAGCGAUGUUUGACUUUCGCGGCAACGGCAAGGCGGAGUUGAACCUGAAGAGGGGAGAGGUGAUCUUCCUGCUGCAACGAGUCAACGCCGACUGGCUGGAGGGCACGGUGAACAAUCAGACGGGCAUUUUCCCACAAUCCUUUGUGAAGAUCAUCAAGCCCCUCCCAGACAGCGACACAGAAGGCGAGGGUGAAGGUCCCACCUACAGCUGCCUGCGCUGCUUCCUGCUCACCCCCUCUGGAGUCGACACUAGAGACGUGUGUGUGCAGGAGGACCUCACCAUCCAGCCCACAUACAAAGAGCUCCUGUCUCGUAUGAGGAACGUCUUCAAGGUGGACGACAUCGCCUUGAACUACCGCGACCCCGAGGGCGACCUCAUCCGUAUCCUGGACGACGAGGACAUCCAGCUGAUGAUCGAGGAGAGCAGAGGUCAGCGGGCCAAAGUCAAGAGACCCGUCAAUCAGUUUCCAUGGGAACUGCACGUGACGUUGGCUUCUGACCUUUCUGUUUACAAUGUGGAGGCCUGAGAGGGUGAAAAUCGAGGGAGGUGGUGAAAAUAUUUAGUGUUAUUCUGUCAGAACAAUGAACUUAAACCAGGAGCGUGUUGUUGCUGAUGAUGUGUGGUUUGUUCUAAUUACUGUCCAAUUACAUCCCUCCUAUUUCACUUAACGGCCGACACAUUAAACUUUUUAAAUAAACUUAUUUAAUCACAU